AGCUAAAAUAGAAUUUAGGCUUUCUGACGUAAAUCCAGCCCUAAGUUAGGCUGCAUGGUGAGUGUGGAAGGUGAUGUUGGUUUCUUUUUUUCUUUUUUUUUAAUAUUCCAGAAAAUGGGCCACCCUGCCUCAGCACAUCCUGCCGCUGCACCAGAUAUGCUGCCUGGUACAGUCCUGAAGGCAGCAGUAAAUCCCCAGCAGUUAUCCUCUUACACAAAUGGCAGAGGUCUCUCACAGCAGUGACAACCAAGGGUAUUUUAACCAGCAGUGUCGACAGGGACAAUUUAUGGCCUAUUGUGUGAAUGCAGCUGCUGAGCAUUCGUACCCUGCUGCCGUCUUGACAUUCCUGACUAUUUUUGAUUACUGAUUUUGACAAAGGAUGUUUAACAAGAAGACCUUCAUAUCACAGCACAUUUUUCCUCUCGGCCAUUUGUACUUUUUCCCUUCUCUGUUCUCUUCCACCAGUUUUCCUUUCUUUCCAUACCUCUCACACUUACACACAUCUAGGAAAAAAAAAAAGGUGUUGGAGGGAAAAAUGAAGCUAAAACAAGCAUCACAUGGCAUAAAUAAAAUUCAGUAACAGGAGUGGUUUUUCAGCAAAUAUUUUACAUAGAACAGUUUCGAAAGUAAUGUAUUUCCUGUGUUUACUGCUAUAGUUGAAAGUCUCUUUACUCAGUCAAUGAAUAAAGAGUUAUACCAUGUUUUUAAAUGCUAUCCUUUCCCCUAAAUGCCAUCCUCCACUUUUAGGGUCUGCGAAGAAUGAGGCUCACUACAGAAAGGAUGCUCAGUGUGCUCUGCUGUGAGAUUACACUUAUUGGGACUGUAAAGCUGGGGAGAUACUGUCUUUGCACAGUUACAUUCUGCUUUACUAAGUGAUAAUUUACCUUUUAAGGCUGGCCGUAAGCACCUCACGAAGGAGGAUCAGCCACCCUUCAUGGGCUGAAGGAUACAUGCAGGGCUGAGAAGGAGACUGCCCUGAGUUCUCUGGUUGUCGUGAUAUUACUUUUCUCCCUUGUUGUAUCACACAAAGUCUUUUUUUUCCUGCUGUUUUACUACUUACUGAUGAGAUUUCCUGGUAACAAGAGUCCAUAUUAUGUUUAUCUCUAUUACAACACAGAUUAGAAAGGACAGAAUGACAGAAAACACCCCAUAGGGUUCUGAGCACUAGGUGGAAAGCAGUAGUAGUUUAUGUUCUCAGGACGGUGGGGUGUGGUAGUGAGGAAAAAGGGGCUUGUGUGUUCUUCCACCUGCAGUUUUCUGGAAGCACCCGUGGGGCAUCCUGCGUGACUUCAGCCAUUGCCAGGCAUUCAUUUUGGAGCCACCAGCUCUGCCAUUGCUGAAUGAUGCCCCAGUAACCAAGUGUCUGUGGGAGAAAGAACUGAUACAAAGCAGCUCCUACCCUGUGUUUAGUAAAGGCUUCCUCCAUUUCUUGUCACUCCUGCUGGGAGCCUCAGCCUGCAGGAGAAUUUUUGGCAUGGCAGUGAUUGACAAGGCCAUGAUGUACUGUCAGGGAGGCUGCAUUUUAGAAAUAAAGUUGCUUUGAGGAAUUGCAAUGGAACAGCUUCCAUUGAGCAGCUGCUAAACAGAAAGUUGCUUUCAAAUACAGCGGUGCUCGUUCUUUCGCCACCCUUUUCUGCCCCUUUCUCCAUCUGUAUUUCUCUGGGGAAAGAGGCCUCAUUUAAUUCCUGGUCCAUGUUUUUCUUCCCUUUCCCCAGUCCCUGCCUUUCACCACUGAAACAUCUCAGCAAUGCCAGGAGGCUGGUAUGCCCCAGGAGGUUAAGAAUAGUCUACAAUGGGAAAGAUCCCUCCUGUUGUUGUUCGUCUGCUUGCAGUUGUCUGGACAGAGGAUCCACGAAAGAGUUUGACCUACUUGGGAAAUGCCAAACCAGCUGAGCCACCAGGAGCUGUGAAUCUGAUCCAACAUGGAACACUGGGACUCGCUGGGAUUUUUGGUUGUCACUCUCAAUUAUAAUGUGACAAUUAUAGGAAAGAUCUGGCUAAUGCUGGUAGUUCUGCUGCGAAUGGCAGUGGUGGUGUUAGCAGGCUAUCCGCUCUAUCAGGAUGAACAGGAGCGCUUCGUCUGCAACACCCUGCAGCCUGGAUGCUCCAAUGUUUGCUAUGACUUGUUCUCUCCCAUAUCUCACUUCAGGUUCUGGUUCAUACAGACUGUGUCUAUCUUGCUACCUUACACUGCAUUCAGCGUUUAUGUUCUGCACAAGGUAGCAACGUACAUUGUAAGAAAGCACUGUUUGGUGCACGGGUGCAGAGGGAAUAAGGGUUUAUCAAGCCCCAAAGACCUGAAGGAACGCUGUAGGAGUGAUCUUGUCAAUAGAUUGGAUUGUGAUGUGGACAACCUAGGUGUCCUCAAUUUUUCUGGGGCAUACGCUGUUCAUCUUUUUUUUAGGACACUGAUUGAGGCUGCUUUUGCAGCUGCACAGUAUUUCCUCUUUGGAUUUUUUGUUCCCGAGCGCUUUUCCUGCUACCAUUCACCUUGUACAAGCACAGUUGAUUGCUACAUCUCCCGGCCCACCGAGAAAUCCAUCAUGAUGGUUUUCAUUUGGAGUGUCACCAGUCUGUCCUUUCUGCUCAGCCUUGCUGACCUUGUCUAUGCUCUUCGACAAAUGACAGCAAGAAGCCAGAGGAACAAGCAGCUGGCCAACUCCCACAGAGAGAAUGAGGGCCUUUUAAAUAUUCCCCCAGCACAGUCUGGUAGUUCUUCCUCUCCCCAAAAUCAAGACUGCCAAGCACUGAAUGGCAGCCAGACCAGCGACGGCUCCUGCUCACUUCUCUCUGAAGAGGAAGAGGAGGCUGCUCUUCAUCCUGAAGAGGUCUCUCAGCAAGCUGCCAGCACUAACCUUAACAGCAACAGCCAUAAGCCCUGUGUGUCAGGAGAUCUUGCUGUUAAGCAGGAUAGCAUUGAAGAACACCUGUGUGCUGGUGACCAGCAAGGAACUGCAUGCCAGCAGGUGAGACCUGGGCUCCAGCAAAGCUUCGUUAAAGAUACUGCCAUGACUUUGAGACCUCAGAUCAAGUCUCACCUUGGAGGUUCUUCCUCUGUAGUUCAGAGCAAGCUUUUAGGAUACUGCCCUUCAGCUGAGCUAAAAAAUCCUGAUGCGCAAUCAAAUUAUAGCAGUACUAGUUGCUUGAGAUUGAAAAAGUCCGAAUGGGUAUAGAGCCCUGAGAGCACCCAAUGCUUUGGCCAGCAGGACGGAUUACUGUGCUCCUGAGGGGUGUCAGAAAAUCACAAGGGCAGAGACUUGCUGCUUUGCUGUACGUGGCUAACCAAAGAAGGAGAAACAAACCUCCACUGAGCAGGAAGAAAAAGCUCAAAUGAGAAUUUAAAGGAUAUUGCAUUAACUGAACUGUUUCUAUGAAAAUAUAACACAUUUACACUUUUCCAGCUAUGACUCUAAAAAGCUGUGGACCGUGACUGACCAGUUGUUCUAAGAGUUCAUUUGUACAGUUGUUUGCUCUCACCUACUGCAACAGAUUGAACUUAGGAAAGGUGUGACUUCCAAGCACACUUGUAUGUUGUUCACUUUCAGAGGGUUAACUGAUCUCCUCACAAUCAUAGAAUCAUAGAAUCACAAGGUUGGAAAUGACCUACAAGAUCAUCCAGUCCAACCGUCCUCUCAUUACCAUUGCCAGCACAAGCACUAAACCACAUCUCACAGCACGUCAUCCAGGCACCUCUUGAACACUGACAGGGACGGCAACUCCACCACGUCCCUGGGCAGCCAUUCCAGUGCCUGACCACUCUGAGAGAAAAAGUUUUUUCUCAUGUCCAACCUAAACCUCUUCUGAUACAACUUGCAGCCAUUUCCCCGGGUCCUGUUCGUUGCCUGGGAGAAGAGGCCAAAUCCCUCUUCACCCCAACCUCCCUUCAGGAAGUUGUAGAGUGCAAUGAAGUCUCCCCUGAGCCUCCUCUUCUGCAGACUGAACAAUCCCAGCUCCCUCAGCUGCUCCUCAUAAAACUUGUGCUCCAGACCCCUCACCAGUUUCGUUGCCCUUCUGUGGACAUGCUCUAGGGCCUCAAUGUCUUUCCUGUAAUGAGGGGCCCAAAACUGAACACAAUACUUGAGGUGCAGAGAUAUAGUAAUAAGCUCCCUAAGCCCACUCUAAGAAAGGACAAAGCAAGAGUAGGUAACUAAUAAAAAUGAUUGUGUUGUAGCAAAGAGUUAAUAUGCAAAGAAAGCCUGGAUCUUAGAUUUUUCUGUAUUGAAGACUGCACCUGCACUCAUUAGCAGCACCACAGCAGUACCUUCUCUGUCCCUGAGAUCAGCUGGCACAGCCUGUCCAUGUCUCUGUUACUCAGCUUCAUGAACUCCAAACUGAGAUGACUACAUGGUUGAUUGCUGAGCUGCAGAGCUGCCCAGGAAGCAAGCAGCAGCAGCUUGACAGUGCGGGGCUGAGCUCCAGUGCCCUUCCCCUGGUAUUACUUACUAUGUGUGAUUGUAGAUCUACUAACAACAUGUCUACAAAGUGUUACACCCUAAUCUGAAAUAGUCACGCUAGGCUCCCUAUUUCAGCAGGGAGAAUGAUUCAUCUGAUCUGUCCCAGGCAUCCCUUAGGUUAACGUGAGUCACCUUCUGGAUGUACCUAUUUCUACCAUUAUAUGAUUAUCCCAGACCUGAGCUUAGGGAAAAUGAUUUCUAAUCCCAGAGAAGGAUAUAGCAGCAAGAUCUGUGCAAGUACUCACCCUCUGUAACUGACAGACACUAAUCAUUGGAAAACAUGUCUAAAUGGGGUGAAUCACAGAAUAACUUACUGCUGUCACGCUUUGUGCUUUCCUUUGAUAUGAAUCCUCUUGAUUUACAUAAGCGUGGUCCAGCAGCGAAGCACGGCAGUGUGUGAGCUGAAUUUCCUCAAACCUAGUAAGUGAGUGUGGGCUGUAAGCUGCGUACACCUGCAGUGGGGGUGGGUGCAGAGCAGCACGUGCUUGGGGAAUGCACAGAAGAGCCUUUACACAGACUGCUCUGCAGGGUGACACAGGCUGGUGUCAGCAGCCUGGAACUGGAGCAGUUCCCACCCUCUUAGACUUAUGCAAAGAGAAAAGAAGCUGAGAACCAAUUUGGCCCUCACUUUGCCAUAUAACAUGUAUCUAAUGACUUAAAGGCUGGUUCCUCACCAGCAACAAGGGAAAACAGCUUUCACUUUUGUCCUGUUCUCUGCUGUGGAUGCACAUGCCUUUGGGACAGUUUGGUUCACAACUCUGUGUAUCAUUCCUCACACAUACAAGGUAAAGAUCAGCACUUAAUGAUCCCUCGCCUUCUCCAUCCCUUCAGGAACUGGGAAGCUUACUGGAUGGCAGAAUUUACUUUUGUAAAGUACCUUGCCAACCCUGAAGUGUGCUAAAGAAAGCCUUAAUUGCUACUUUCUAAGCAAUGUUUUCCCCUUCAUUAGUUGUGUUUGUUUCUUUUAUCAUGUGUGCUUGCUGUAUGUUUUGUCAUUUCCAGGGCAGAAGUGGCAUUAAUUAUUAAAUUUAUCAUAGGCAGAAAAACAUUAAGUAUUUAAAUUCCUCAUCCUCCAAAGCCUCUGUAAUGGGGUGCGUGCUGAUUACCCACACCAGAACUAAAGACAGCAACAAUGAGACCUUUUGUGAUUCGCUGCCUCUCCUCAGCUGUGAGGAGCAAUAGAAGGAACAAAUGUGGAUUCAGGCUGUCCCGUACAUCCCUCAGUGAGAGAUAUAAAUAGGAUGGGAUAAAUAAUAAAUGUACUGUGGCUGGACACAGUUUGCUUAUUUGUGUCCUUAGCUAGACAUCUUUUUAGAGCCUCAUUUCCAAUAGAGAAAAUGUUCUUUGUGUCUGGAAUAGAAAGUGAAAUGAGUGAAAAUCUCCCUUGUUCUGUUUGUGGUUUCUGGUCUUGAAACUGUGGCCUGAGUUUGUGCCAUUCAGCUGCAGGGCCUGGUGCAGCCAUCAACUGCUAACAUAAACACCUGUGCACUGACACUGCAGGAUUCGUAUGGUACAUGAGGGAAUAGAUACUUCUGGCAUCAACCACUCACUCCUUAGGGAAUGUCUCCGAGUCUUCCAAUAAUUCUUUGCAAGUUUUGUUUAUUAAAUUAUGAAGGUGUGGUUUUACAAAGCUGGAUGGAUUUACCAGCAAGGGAAGACCAAGGGAAGAUGUGCAGAGACAUUUGUACUGUUCUGAGCUUCCUCAGCUCAAGCAAAUUAGAAGACAUUGCAUCUGCAACUGGAAGGAGGAAAUACUACAGAGCACUUUGAAAGAAGGAAGACAGGAUCACUCCUCUCCUUCUAUUCUCCUUAUUUUCAGUAUCACUGGUUGUUAAAGUACUAUGAUGAUACGCUGAUGUCAUUGAAAGAGAAUAAAGGAGUAAUAGGUGUAGAGCAAGGAAGUAACAAGAUUUUAUUCUACAUAAGCAAAGCUUUAGUGUUCAGACAUUACUUUGUACUCAGAAGAAUAUCGCAAAACCUGCUUGUUAAAGUUUGCUGUGAAUCUUUAUAUCUCUUCUUAACCCAGCUACUCCAGAAGAGGCAUUUAUGCCUGACCAUACCACUCUCCUACUUCUGCCCUCAGGAGGCUCUGUUGCGCUGGUACUCUAGCAGGAUGUUGCAGACCUGCACCUUCUGCGUUCUGUAUGCACUAAACCAAGUAUCUCUGGGAGUUUGGACAGUGUCAGCAUGAUUAAGAAACAACAGCAA